AGAGCUAAAAGUGCUGCUGCUGCUGCUUGGGGAGUGAACUGGCGAGAGCGCACAGGGCAUGCGGCGGCGCCGGAAGAGGCUGAGGGGCAGGAGAUGGUACAGAUCUACCACAGAGAUCCGGAAGGAGAAAUCACGAGACGCAGCACGAUGCCGCCGCAGCAAGGAGACAGAAGUUUUCUACCAGCUGGCGCACACCUUGCCCUUUGCCCGGGGGGUCAGCGCCCACCUGGACAAGGCCUCCAUCAUGCGCCUUACCAUCAGCUACCUGAGGAUGCACAAGCUGCUGACCUCUGGAGACUGGAAAAACAAAGCAGAAGCAGAAGAGCAGGUGGACGCCUAUUACCUGAAGGCCCUGGAUGGCUUCCUCAUGGUCCUAACUGAGGAGGGUGACAUGAUCUACCUCUCGGAGAACGUCAACAAACACCUGGGCCUCAGCCAGCUGGAGCUCAUUGGGCACAGCGUCUUUGAUUUCAUUCAUCCCUGCGAUCAGGAAGAACUUCAAGAUGUACUGAGCCCCAGGCAGGGUUUCUCAAAGAAGAAGGAAGUGAAGACCGAGCGCAGCUUCUCCUUGCGCAUGAAGAGCACCCUGACCACCAGGGGGCGCACUGUCAACCUCAAGUCUGCCACCUGGAAGGUCCUGCACUGUGCCGGCCACCUGAGAUCAUAUGCACCUGCCAAGCCAGCAGGGGGCAAGGAGCCGGAGGGUGGCUUCACAGAGCCCCCUUUGCGUUGCCUGGUGCUGAUCUGUGAAGCUAUACCGCACCCCGCCAACAUCGAGACACCUCUGGACAGCGGCACCUUUCUUAGCCGCCAUACUAUGGAUAUGAAGUUCACCUACUGUGAUGAGAGGAUUGCAGAGGUGGCUGGGUAUACGCCCAAAGAUCUGCUGGGCUGUUCCAUCUACGAGUACAUCCACGCCCUGGACUCUGAUUCUGUCAGCAAGAGCAUCAACACCCUGCUGAGCAAGGGGCAGGCAGUGACCGGACAGUACCGUUUCCUGGCCAGGAACGGAGGCUACCUGUGGACCCAGACCCAAGCCACAGUCAUCUCCAGCAGCAAAAACUCCCAGCCGGAGAGCAUUGUCUGCGUCCACUUCAUCCUGAGCCAGGUAGAGGAGGUGGGCUUGGUGCUGUCCCUAGAGCAAACUGACCGGCAAGGAGAACACCGCCGCCUGCCCCCGCCGUCCCUCGAGGGGUUGGAUUCCGAUGGGAGCCUUGAGGAGCUUGACCCCAACGGUGGAGACACCAUUAUCAACCUUAGCUUUGAGCUGCGUGGCCCCAAGGUCUUGGCCUUCCUCUGUCCCGCCAACAUCAGCGAGGAGGAGCUGCAGCGAGACCCCAAACGUUUCUGCAGCCCUGACCUGCAGAAACUCCUGGGGCCAAUCUUCGACCCUCCUGGAGCUCAAAGCCCAGCAGGAGGGACUCAGCGGGCACGGCCUAUGGCUCCAGCUCCCAAACUGGUUGUACCUGUCAAGAACCCUUCUGGGAACACUAGCCCGGUCAAGAAACUGUUGGGCGAGACGGGGACUGAGCUACCGGAUGAGCUCCUUUUAGACAUGGCGAAUGUCCAGAAACUCUUUGCCAGCAACAAGGAGCCCCAGACCAUGGAAACCACGCUGCAGGAUUACGAAGGCCUGGACUUAGAGAUGCUGGCUCCUUACAUCUCGAUGGACGAUGACUUCCAGCUGGGCAGCACUGAGCACCCACCAUGGCUGGCUGAGAAACGGGGGGACUCAGGAACCCGGCCAACCUCGCCACCUCCGCGGCCUCGUUCCAGAAGCUUCCAUGGGGUGUCCCCCCGCCCACCCGAAUCACCCACCCUUCCACGCUGGGGCAGCGACACCAGCCUGAGCCCAUCCCGUCCUGUCCAGUCACCAGGAAUCGACCAGUGCGACGCAGGGCAGAUGGUGGAGAUGGUAGCUUCUGUGAAAAUCCAGGCACUGCAGGAAGGGACCAAUCAAAAUGGCCCAGCGGCCUCUUUGCCCUUGGGCGGUAGGAAGAGGGCUCGAGAGCUCAGUGUAGAGGAGGAGGCGGAUGUCUUCCUGGAGGCAGGGCCCCCGAAGCGUGCUCACGGCCACGAGGCUGAUGGGUUUCUGAUGCCCUCCCUGAGCCUGGGUUUCCUGUUGAGUGUUGAGGAGUGUCUGGAUGCCAGAUCGGAGCGAGGAUUCGGGGGCAACGUGGUUCUCGGCAGGAAGCUCCUGUCUCUGGAGGAGCCGAUGGGCCUCUUGGGGGACGUGCUGCCUUUCGUGGUGGACGGACCAGCGCUUUCUCAGCUGGCCCUGUACGAUGGUGAGGACGAGGCUUCCGUGCGCGGUGGAGAGCAUUUCCAGCUCGGGGAGGAGCUUCUGGUAGAGCUCGACCAAGCCACCUGAGGAGGCAGCAGCCACUUGCCGCCACACCUUCAUCCCACACUCCUGCUCCGCAGAUGGGACAAACGGAACCAAAUCCAACCCAAAAUCAUCCAUGAGAGGCAGAGUUGGAGGGGCUCCUUUCCUCCUCCUCCUCCUCCUGUACCCCGCUACGCCUUCUUUCCCUGGCUUCCCACUGCCCCUGCCAGGAUCCUUAGAUCUCUUCCUACCUCAGUCCUGUCCCCCUCCUUCGUCAGCCUCUCCGCUCCGGAGAUGGCAAGGGAGGAAGGCCCAGCAGAACUUUGGAGCCUACGCUGUUAGGGACAAUCUCCCACCCCACCCCGAUUUAGAGCUUACAUAUCCUUUUAAUAUUCCUGAGACUAGAAACCAGGGUGGUGGGGUUACACUGAAGCACCCCGGUCCCGGCUCCCGACAGGAUGCUGGGUGCCAUUCAAUUCCCAAAGGAGGAGGCAGAACCUCAAUGCGGUAUGUUAGGUGGCCCAUCCAGGGGUGAUCAGGAUGAGGUGCCCGAGCUACGUCUGCCUCCUUUGAAAUAAGAAAUGCGGAGCGCAUUAUGCGCUAUCCUUUCCUCUGCCCGCGGCUUUGUGCCGACCCCAAAAGCGUCGCCCGGGAUCAUAAAUGGGGCGAUUCCUCCUCCAUGUCCUCAGCUUCUCGCAUGAAUCCACCCAUUCCUGAAGUAACUGGGACCACCCCAUCUUGAGAGGGGAAAAAGGGGGGACUCGCUCUAAUAUCAUGCAACUGUUUGGGAGGAGGGUCAGCGCCCGCUCUGCACCUCUCAGGAGACUCCCCUCCUCUGUUUCCCAGAAUCCUUCAGGUGCCUCUUUGGCGGUAGCGCCCUACUCAUUUACCUCAGCGAGCCUUUCGCCCUUACCAAAGGCAUUCGGAGGGCGUCAACAGCACCUCAGUUUUUCGAAAGACACAUUUUUUGGCCACGGUCGAUUUUUGUUGCUACCCCAUGUUCCAAAUUGCUUUUUUCUCCCCCUGAAGUGGCCAAAAAUGUAAUAGAAUUAUUUUCCACAGUGAGGUGAAGGCAAUCAUGGUGCUUAUGGCCAAAUUUUUGACCCUGUUUAAGCUCUGUUUACACUUGCAAAAGGAGCCAAAACACUUCUGGGGGUCAAGGCCACACAUUUUAAAACGUAGAAGAACUGAAUGUAUUCUAAAGAUGAGGGGAGCUGACAUAGUUUUUAAAAAUGCCUGUUUAAAAAUAGGAUUUUCUAUCUCUCUUCCUCAUAUUAUUGGAAAGAUUUUUAGCUUUUUGAGGAAACUCCCCACCCUCCUUUUUCAUCAUGGGGGGUAUUUUUUGGCUCCUUGGAUCCUUAAAAUUGUAAUAAAAAUCACAAGCUAUUUAUUUGGAAAAAGGCAAAAAAAAAAUGGUUUUUAGCUUCAUAUAAGCCACAAAUAGCUGGAUAGCAAACAAGGACAACAGAAUCGAAAACUGGAAAGCAAAUUUUAAAGAUCUCAUGUUAUUUAUACAAUCAGAAGCUUUUAAAGACAAUCUUUGAAAAAAACAACAGCAAAAACAAUAAAACAGAACAAAAUAUAUUAAGACAAGCUCCUGAAUUUUAAAGAAAACAUUGACCCGUUUGUUUCUGAAACUUUUUAGAUCGGCAACCUAAUGACAGUAUGCAGUUCCAACUUGAGAAUAGGUUGCUAUGAAAAAAGAACAUUUUUUUGCUGGAAUAUGAUUUUGUUAACAUUUCAUUCCAGUUUUUCUUUUUAAACUAGGGGUUAGGGGUGGGGAUGAAAUUUUGAAAAGAAAGCACCUGUCUUUCUCAUGUUCUAGCAUCUUAAUCCCAAACAUGCUUGCUUUGAAGUAAGUUCCACUGAAUUGAAUGGGAAUGACUGCAGUGUAGCAGUGUACAGGUUUGAGGUUUUCACCGUAACCUUUCUCCGGCCUGCUUGUAUGCAUAUUUACUCAGACAUAAGCCCCGCUGUGUCCAAUGGGGUUUACUUCCAGGCCAGCAUGCAUAGGAUUACAGUCUUAGUUGCAACAUUUGAAAACAGCAUGGAACGGUGACUUGUUCUCAGUGGCAGGGAUUAGAAUUCCCACAAUACAACAGAAAAGUGUUUGUAUCUCUAACCCAUUUUGCUGCUCAGAAACUGGCUACCUUUCCGUUCUGCCCAAAGAGGAAGAGUUCUGUGUAACUCAUAACCUUGCAUAGUCCUGUGCCAGCAGUGGUUGGUGAAAGAUUAAAUUGCCUUACUUCUUUUAUGUCUUGGAUAUAAAAGAACUGUGAUGGUAUUAGUCAAUGUUCAUUGUAGGGUUGCCCAUAAAUUUAUGCAGGACAGACCUCCUCUGACUUUGUUAAAAAAAGAAGAGAGAAUCUUGGUAGGCACAGUUUCUCCCGCCAUAGUAUUACACUGGUUGGGGAAGUGGUACAUGCAGAAAUUCUCCCUUCUGUACACCUGUUAAAGUCACAGGAACCCUUUUUCCUCCCACAGGGAUGCUAGCGACCCCAAUUAUAGACCCAUUUAGCGGGAAAAUCUCCCUAUUUAGUCUCCGUUUAAAAACAAAAAGUGUUUUUUUAAAAUCUCUAUCAUUUAUCCCUUGUCAUUGUUACUUUAACGAAAACCUAUUUUUAUUAAUAUUGGAUAGCUCCCAAUCCAGGCUUAAUUAGCAUAACUCACCACUCCCCCUCCCCUUUCAGGCCAGUGCCCUUGGAUUAAAUUACAGUAGAAAAGUCUGUAAGCUAAACCGAGGGUCUCUCAUGCCUUCCUUGGGAAGCAUGAGAGCCCCUUGGGGUGUAUGCAGGGCUUUUUUCUGGGAAAAGAGGUGGUGGAACUCAGUAGGUUGC